AUGGCUAAAAGUUUACGGAGCAAGUGGAAAAGGAAGAUGCGUGCUGAAAAGAGAAAAAAGAAUGCCCCAAAGGAGCUCAGCAGACUUAAAAGUAUUCUUAAAAUAGAUGGUGAUGUUUUAAUGAAAGAUGUUCAAGAGAUAGCAACUGUGGUGGAACCCAAACAUUGUCAAGAGAAAACGCAGUGUGUGGUGAAAGAUGAAACAGAUGACAUGAAGAUGGAGACUGAUAAUAAGAGAAACAAAAAGACUCUUCUGGACCAGCAUGGGCAGUACCCCAUAUGGAUGAACCAGAGGCAAAGGAAAAGACUGAAAGCAAAACGUGAGAAAAAGAAGGGGAAAAGCAAAGUAAAAGCCUUGAAGGCAGCCAAGGGUUUGACCUGGUAG